UUAACCCAGAUUUCACGUAAUAUAACCUAACAUAACUACAAGCGACUUGUCAAUAAUAAAGGAUGCGUCGCACUCAUGAAGUAAGAAUGGUCGCACUGAUAUGAAUGAUCAUGUCUUAUCAAGAGUCAUCAUUUUGCACAAUAUACGAUCGUCAAGACGAUUAUGAUCUGGAUGAAGACAAUGAGGAAUUCUUGGAAGAAGAUAGGGAUGCCGAGGAGCAAGAUGAUAGCGAUGAAGAUACCGAGGAAGCGAGCGAAACUGAUAUGGGAGAGAGAAAAUCCGAGGAAUAUACAGAAAUUAAAGAACAAAUGUAUCAAGACAAAUUAGCAAGUUUGAAGAAGCAGUUACAGCAAUUGAAAGAUGGGACACAUCCUGAAUAUAAUCGUAAAUUAAAACGUCUAGAAGCACAGUAUAAAGAACGAUUGAGAUUGAAUAUAAUUUAUCGGGACUAUUUGACGGAAUGGGUUGAACGAGAUUAUAUAUUAGAGAAGAAAGCAGCAGUGAAAGAAUUUGAAGAGAAAAAAAUUGACUUGAAGGAAAAUUUGCUUACUGAUAUGGAAGAAAAAAGGAAAAUAAUUGAAUCAGAUCGUCACACAAUGGAACUCACUGGUGAUUCGAUGGAGGUGAAACCAGUUAUGACGAGAAAAUUGCGCAGACGUCCCAAUGAUCCAGUACCUGAAAAAGUGGAAAAGCGACGAAAACCACCUCCGGCAUCAGUAAAUUAUCUAUUGGAAGAGAAAGAGAUCGAGCUCGAUUUGAAAGCCAUCAAUCGUGCGAAAACGUCCGCUGCUGUUCGUAAACCAGUAGUUUUACCACAUUACAACGCAGUAAAUAUAUCAUCUCAACAUAUACCACAACCAUCUGAAACUCCAUUGGUAGAAACUAGGAUAGAAGACGGCAAAUUAUCAUACGAACGAAGAUGGUUUCACCGUGGUCAACCUGUUUAUGUCGAAGGCAAAGAUCUUAACAGAUUCGCGGCGCAUAUUUCGGCAAUCGGCACUGAAGCGAUCUGGGUGAAAAAGGUUUCAGACAGCAGCAAAGUACGCAUUUACAUAUCGCAAUUGAGUCGUGGGAAAAUCUCUAUCAAACGACGAGCUUCUUAAUCAAUUAAUUUUUCAAUUAAUUCAACAUCUGGAUUCAUUGGAUCUCUGAUAUGUUGCGUUUCUCGUUUCUAAUUUCUAAAGUAACAUUUUUCAACGCCAAAUUGACUAUUUUCACAAUGCUGGACUUUUGCCACCAGUAAAACCAUGCUUUUUGAUGAUGUUGUAAUAUCAUAUAAAUCCAGACGAAGAAAGACAGAAUCAGUAAUCCCAUCAUUGACAACAGGGAAUAAGUUGUCCAUCGCGCAGGUGGGAAAUUGUCAUAAUUUUUCAAAGCAUAAAAAUCCGCAGCAACUACGGAGAUGUAGGAACACGCGAUGGUCACAGGAAUAAGUACGAGACAUCUGAGUAAAUCUGCCUUCACGCUGCGAGCGUACAUCUGAUGCUCAUCCUGAUUCAAGCACAACCAGACUAUGAUGGAGCGGAGAACCUUAUAACGAGGUGUUCGUUCCAUUUUGAACUCGUAGCCGCACAAUUCGCAACUAUUCCUAUUGCUCUCUUCUAACCAUCGCUCCAAACAUUUCAGAUGAAUUGCACCCAUCGUUCCCUAAUCCCAGUUGUCGUAUUUGUAAUUAUGUAAUUAUUGAAAUCAAACAUUUUUUCCAAAUAUACGUUUACUGAUCAAUAAAAUCAAAUAAGUCAUUCCAUAGAUUAAUA